GUCGGAUGGAACGCCAAACGGAGCAGCCAUUCAGAGAUCGAGACUCUUGAUAUCUGACCCGACAGCGACUUGCUUGUGAUGCCUGACGAUGUCCCGGCGCUGCCCCCCGGUUGCUCUGCUGACCCCUUGUUGGAGGGAUGGGAAGAGGAGAGGAGGGUUACCAGAGAAAAGCAUCAGCUGAACAAAGGCGAAAGCGGCCAGGGCGGCGGGAACAGAGCGAACUGAGCGAGACACAGCGCCCGCUCCCUCGUUGCCCGUCAAUUGCCCGCCAAGUACUGAUGGAUCACUCAGGCAGCUCCCGGUGCGCCGUCACGUGGAAAUGGCGAUACCAAGCAGAGCUACCUGCCCAAGAUAGCUACCCAUGGACAUGCAGCAAACAGCCCGGUCCGGGGGCAUAUUCUGUCAGAAGUGAUAUAUAGUCAUCUCCAUCUCCCCGACUCCUCCAGGUCAGGUCCCCGUGCCCCAGGUCAUUUUGUUUCGACCACAUCUGGAGACGAGACCGGCCCUCUUUCCCUCGACCUUUUUCUUCUCUUUUCGGUGACUUUGUUCUUGUUGUGCUCGCUCGUCGUCUGACACGUCCAUCAACACAAAACGGACGUACCACACACACGAUGGCAGGCGGUGAGCUUACGGGCAACAGCACCGGAGCCCCUCCGCAAGCUGGUGUCCUCGAGGGCGUCAACCCGAUUGUGUAUACGCCUUCCAACCCCAUCACUCUUUUCAUCGUACAGGCCAUCAUUGUCAUCAUCUUCUGUCAACUACUAGCUUAUCCGCUACGAUGGCUUCACCAACCUCGUGUUAUCGCCGAGGUUCUCGGCGGCAUUCUGUUGGGCCCCACGGUGAUGAUGAGGAUACCCGGGUUUGAGGCCGCAAUCUUCCCGCCUGCGUCUAUGCCAGUCUUCAACAAUGUCGCCAACCUCGGUCUCAUCAUUUUCUUGUUUCUCGUUGCGUUGGAAGUAGACAUCCGUCUCUUCACGCAAAAUUGGAAGGCCGCCCUAAGUGUAGGCAUGGCCGGCAUGAUCUUGCCCUUUGGCCUUGGCUUUGCCAUUGCCUGGGGUCUGUACAAGGAGUUUCACGUCGACGAAGCUAUUGGCUUUGGCGUCUUCGGAUUGUUCAUCGGUACAGCCCUUGCGAUCACUGCCUUCCCCGUCCUCUGCCGCAUUCUCUCCGAGCUGAACCUCCUCCGCUCGGGUGUCGGUGUCACCGUUCUGGCUGCCGGCAUUGGAAAUGACGUGACAGGCUGGGUGCUUCUCGCGCUCUGCGUCGCCUUGACCAACAACAGCAGUGGCUUGGCCGCGCUCUGGGCCUUGCUCUGCUGCAUUGGCUGGACUCUGUUCCUCAUCUUCGCCAUCCGGCCACCCUUCAUUUGGAUCCUCAAGCGGACCGGAAGCUUGCAUAAUGGCCCUACCCAGGGAAUGGUUGCGCUGACCUUGCUCAUGGUUCUGGCCUCCUCUUGGUUUACUGGAAUCAUUGGUGUUCAUCCCAUUUUUGGAGCCUUCCUGGUGGGACUGAUCUGUCCCCACGAUGGCGGUUUCGCUAUCAAGCUUACUGAGAAGAUUGAGGAUCUAAUCUCGGUCCUCUUUCUGCCUUUGUACUUUGCCCUGUCUGGGCUGAAGACCAACCUAGGUCUUCUCAACGAUGGUAUCACAUGGGGUUACUGCAUCGGGGUCAUUGCCUGCGCCUUUGCUGGUAAGAUCAUUGGUGGCACCCUCGCAGCUCGCGCCAACAAGCUGCUCUGGCGUGAGAGUUUCACUAUUGGCGCCCUGAUGUCUUGCAAGGGUCUGGUCGAGUUGAUCGUGCUUAACAUUGGUUACCAGGCAGGUAUCCUGUCCGAAACCACCUUCAGCAUGUUCGUUGUUAUGGCUUUGGUCACAACCGUAGCCACGACCCCCAUGACAAAGCUGCUGUAUCCCAAGUGGUACCAAACCAAGGUUGAGCGAUGGAGAAAGGGUGAGAUCGACUGGGACGGCAACGAGUUGAACCCCUCUGAGAGCCUGCAGGGCGGUCUCAAGAAGGGCGUCGACUCUCAGAUCCGCCGUCUCAUGGUUCAUCUCCGUCUCGACAGUCUCCCCAGCCUCUUCACCUUCAUCACCAUCCUCAGCCCUGAAAGCGUCACCAAGAAGCAGGUCGAGCCCGAAACCCCUAAUGCCGAGUCCGCCGAGGUCAUCAUCAAGAAACGCCCCCUGGAAGUCCACGGUAUGCGCAUUCUCGAGCUCACCGACCGUACCUCAUCCGUCAUGCACCUCACCGAAGGCGAAGACUUUUACUCUCUCCGCGACCCCGUGGUCAACGCCUUCCGCACCUUCUCCCAGCUCCACGACGUCGCCGUCUCGGGCCGCGUCGCCGUCGUCCCCGCCGACUCCUACGCCGAAACUCUCAUGACCCAAGCCCACGAAGUCUCCUCCGACUUCGCCCUGAUCCCCUGGGGCGAAAGCGGCUCCAUGUCCGAAGACCAGUCCUUUCCCGUCACAGCCGACACCAACGAGCGCUUCAAAUCCUUCACCCAUCUCGAUUUCAUCAGCCAGACCCUCGAGAAAGCCUCCGCCAUCUGCAACGCAGGCAUCUUCAUCGACAACGGCUUCGGCGGCAUCACCAAGCCCGUCGACCGCCCCGAGCUCCAACGCACCAAAUCCGCCAUCUCCAUCCGCAACCAAGCCGACGUCGCCGUCCUCCCCGUCGCCAACAAGUCCCACCACGUCUUCUUCCCCUUCUUCGGCGGCGCCGACGACCGCGUCGCGCUGCGCAUCGUUCUUCAACUAGCCAAGAACCCCCACGUCUCGGCCACCAUCGUCCGGAUCAACAGCAGCGAAAAAGAAAAACUGUCCUCCACUGCCAAAUCCGCUGCUGCAUCGACCACCACGACGGAAGACAACAGCGAGACCAACAAGACUGCUGUCUCUUCUUCUCCCGUCUCUGGAACUGACGUUGAGGAUGGUGCGCUUUACGCCACGCUCAAGAGUUCUCUCCCGGAAGACCUAGCUACUAGAGUGAAUUUCUCUGAGGCGGAUGUCCCCGCUGGGAAAGAGGAACUCAAGGAGAUUAUCCUGCUUGCUCAACAAGCGGUGGGCAACACGAGGGACAAUGCCGGUGAUGUUGUCGUUUUGGGCCGACGCAAUGCCAAGAAGGGGUUUGCUGAGGUCGGUGGGAGCAGCAGUAGCGCUGCUGGUGGCGGGGUGCCGGACCUGAAGAAUACCGUUGGGGAGGUGGCGGAGAGGUUGAUCACCACGGGGAUCAAGGCUAGUUUGUUGGUUAUUCAGGCUGGGGGGCGGGGGCAGGCUUGAUGAGUCUUGAUGAUGGUGAUGAUGGAUGUUGAGGUUAAUGAUUGUGUGAUGGAUGUUUGGGAAUGAUUAUAUGUGUAAGGAUGAAUGGUUAUAGGUCACGGGGUCAUGCUCUCGGACACUACAACUGAUGGUAAUAUGGGAAUAGGAGCGUGAUACCCCCUCUUUCGUUUUUGGGAUUAUGUUAGGUAUAUAGGUCAUGGUUUAUGGGUAGCGAUCUAGUUUGCAUACAUAACGAGUGGUUGUUUUGUAUCCUCUGAUUUGUUAUAGCUGUUCCCGGAGCAGUCAAAUCGCCGACCAUACCACUUUUAAGAUUCCGCCAACGACUUCACACACGCCUGCUGAAACACACGAAAAGGAAAACACUUUCUCUUCUUUUUUU